ACACACACACACACACACACACACACACACACACACACACACACACACACACGAGCUGUGCUUCACCGCAGUAGUACCGCUAAUGUAAAAGAAGCUCUCUGCUACACUGCACUAUUGUGAUUAAUAACGGCUGAAAGGUCAGAGACGUUUGACCAUGAAUGAGGCGGAAGGACUGCGCUUUAGGAAGCAAACUAGACCUCAGGUUUUAACAGACGAGACGCAUGAACCCCAAUACAAAAGCACGAGCACGUACAGUGGGAAGGUGUUCCGGGUCACACUGCUGUCUCUGGCUGUGUUUCUGAUUCUCCCAGUCCUGGUGAUCACUUUUCUUCUGGAGUCUCCCAUUCAGCCAGAAGCAUUCAGUCUCAAUGAACCACCACUAAUGACUGGUUGCUUUGAGCCCAAUCUAAAGCUUAGACAGGCCGAAAGACUGUUUGAGGACCAGCUCAUUGGGCCUGAAUCUAUCGCUAAUAUUGGAGAUAUUCUUUACACUGGUACUGCAGAUGGAAAGAUUGUGAAAAUUGACGGGAGAAAAAUCAGUGUUGUGGCAACUCUUGGCAAGCUUCCAUGUGGUUCUCCUGAGCAAGAACACGUUUGUGGCCGGCCGCUUGGAAUCAAAGUAGGUCCGAAUGGCACCUUGUUUGUGGCUGAUGCCUACCUGGGCCUGUUUGAGGUUAAUCCUGUCACAGGUGAGACAACACAUCUAGUGAGCACCAAGAAGCCGAUUGUUGGUCGACGGCUCUCAUUUGUCAAUGACCUGGAUGUGACACAGGAUGGGAAGAAGGUGUAUUUCACUGACUCCAGCAGCAGGUGGCACCGUAGAGACUUCAUGAAACUCAUCAUGGAGGCCACAGCAGAUGGAAGGGUUCUGGAGUAUGAUACUGAGACUAAAGAGGUCGCAGUCAUGAUGGAUAACUUGCGCUUUCCUAACGGCAUCAUUCUCCUUCCCGAUGAAGAGUCUGUUCUUGUUGCUGAAACUACGAUGGCAAGAAUAAGAAGGAUUCACGUGGCUGGUCUCAAUAAGGGAGGCAUGGACACUUUUAUAGAAAACCUGCCUGGCUUUCCUGACAACCUCCGCCGCAGUUCCUCUGGUGGUUACUGGGUGGCCAUGUCUGCCAUUCGGCCAAACCCUGGCUUCUCCAUGCUCGACUUCUUGUCACAAAGACCCUGGAUUAAGAAUCUCAUAUUUAAGCUCUUCAGCCAGGAAACACUACUGAAGUUUGUGCCACGCUACAGUCUGGUGGUGGAGCUGCAGGAUGGAGGAACAUGUGUGCGGAGUUUCCACGACCCACAUGGCACUGUGGCAGCCUAUAUCAGCGAGGCCCAUGAGCACAAUGGUUACCUUUACCUGGGCUCCUUCCGCUCUCCUUACCUGUGUAAACUUGACUUGAGCAAAGUGUAAAACAGUCCUACAAGAACAUGGGACUGUAAGUCAUUGAGGCUUCAUUAUCAGUCAUGUAACAUUUCCAACAAACCAUUUUUGAACCCUCUCUCCUGAUCCACUGCUGAACUGAGAAACCCGAGUCCUUAAUACACGUUCCUGCAUUUAAUACAGAUGCUGUCAUUCAGCUUUGACUUACACUCACUGAGCACUUUAUUAUAAACAUAGGAGUCUCAAAACAGCCUCAAUUUUUCAUGGCAUGGAUUCCACAAGAUGUUGGAAACAUUCCUUUGAGCUUUUAGUCCAUGUUAACAUGAAUACAUCACAAUUUCUGCAGACUUUCAUAUUAUAAAUCUUCCAUUCCAAUUCUUUUUUCUAUAGGAUUCAGAUUUUGUGACUGGAAAGAACAUGGAACACUAUAAUGUUCAGGAUACCAGUUUGAGAUGACUUUGUGACAAGGUGCAUUAUCAGGUGGAAGGAGCCAUUAGAAGAUAAAUUGUUGCCAUGAAGCGAAGCACAGCGUUGACAAAUAGGCUGUGGCAUUCGAACAAUGAUUUAUCCUGACCCUGCCACCUAUGAGCAUCAGACCAGUCUACGUUUUUUCCAGUCUUCACCUAUCCAUUUGUGGCACGGUCUGAGGUUUUUUUUCAUUCUGAGAUGCUUUUCUGCUCACCACAAUUGUACAGAGUGCUUAUCUGAGUUACUGUAGCCUUUCUACCAGCUCUAACUAUUUAGGCCUUUCUCUUAUGACCUCUCUCAUCAAUAAGGUGUUUCUGUCCACAGAACCGAUGCUGACUGGAUUUUUUUUUUCCCGUAAUUGAACCAUUCUGAAUAAAUUCUAGACACGUUUGUCUAUGAAAAUCUCAGGCGAUCAGCAGAAAUACCCAAACCAGCUCAUCUGGCAGGAACAGCCAUUAACAAUCUGAUGGUUAAUGUGAGCACUGCCUGAAGCUGCUGGCCUGUAUCUGCAUGAUUUUAUAUACUGCACUGCUGCCACGUGAUUGGCUGAUUAGAUCAUUACAUGAGUGCUCAGUGAUAAUAAAGUGCUCAGUGAAUGUUAAGUUUUUUGUUUUGCUGAGCCAUGUGACUUUGUGUUUUGUUUCUCUCUCUCAUACUGAAUGGUGUGUGUGUGUAUAUAUAAGCAUGUCUGCAGAUGUCAACCUGCUUUAUUUAAAGAGAUGACAUUUCUAUAUUUGUUUUGCUCCUAUGACAGGAGGUGCACAACGUUUGCAGCAUGAUUUGGUUUUAUUUUGACUGGACUGUCAUCUGGUCCUUAAAUUAGAGCUGCUGAUUUACUCAAACUACAGAAAUAUCAGUAUUGAUGACAACUUGUGAAAUUUAUAACUUCUAGUUGCAGGACUGAAAUGUAACACUGGAAUGCCAAAACUUUAUUUUACAAAUCCAUUGCUUUACUUUAAAACACUUACAUUAGUUAUGUUUCUGAGCUUCCAUUUGCAAAGAUCAUUUCAGCUCUGAAGGAGGAACUGGCUAUUAGCAAUAAUUUCCUGUUGAUUACUUUCGCCAGUUUAAUUCAUGAGUUUAAUUCAUGACCAUUUGUUAGCAUUAAUAGCAGCUAUUGGAAAGUGUGUACAAUAAAGAAAGAAAGAAAUGAA